AUGUACGUCGUUGAGCUGUCGGUGCAAGACCAGUUGUAUACGACUUCGGAGGGCUGGCCCGGCGGGAUCCCCUCCCCCCUCGCCUACUUCGAGAUGAGGGCGCGCCAGCUCUCUGUCCUCUACCGGGCGUGCCAUGGGCCCAGCACAUGGAGGAGGAUGGAGGGAGUGUCAGUCGGCUCCGACCUGGCCCAGCGGCGAGGUACGCGACAGCUCUCGGUCCUGGUGCCGGCGUCCCACACCAACAUCUCGGCGCACGACUGCACGGUCCGAUUCGUGGGCGUGCAGCUGGCCAGCCUGGCUGGAUCCAGUGCGCAGCGCAUCGGAAAGGGUCGUGGCCUGCUGGCCACGUUCAAGGACGCGCCCAAGCGCUCGCGGCUGGCGAUCAAGGCCGAGCAGGCCUACAGCUGCCAGCAGGUGGUGGGGGAGGGCCAGGAGGAGAUGGAGCCCGGCAGCGGGGCCUGGUCCAUGCUGUGGAGCCUGGCGGGGAGGCUGACGCAGCGGCGGCCUGAGGUGUUGAAGCGCUCCCCCCACCGCCCCAGGCCCGACGAGUGGCAGACAACCGGCGCAUGGUCGGCCACGCAGUACUACAGGGCCUGGGCAGCGCACCCGGCCGCGCCGCUCCGCCAGGUGCAGCCCUGGAACAAGGACAUCCUGUGGGCGGCCGCCACGCUCAGCGAUGCCGACGCCGCGGGCAGCAGCGCGCCCCAGUCCGCCCCCUGGCGCCGCAUGGAGGAUGGGCCGGCCAACCCGUCCAUGCUUCGCAGCCUGCGUGGGCUCCGGCCCCUGGCCGUUCUCAUCCCAGACGCGUACACCCAGAUUCCCAAGGUCAGGCAGGGGGACGGGGAGUAG